UAUUUUUCAAUCGUUAUACUAUUCAUUCUUCUUCAUGUGUUAUUAAUUAUCUACAAAGGACAUGUUCUCAUAUUACGGUGUUAUUUUCCAUACGACAAACUUGCAACACCGUAUUAUCAGUUAACUAUUAUUGGUCAAACAAUGGCUGGAUAUUGUACAGGUGGUACUUACACGUCUGUAGAUAUUUUUGUGGUUAUAUUAGUGUUUCACGUGUGUGGACAACUUUCUAACUUGAGACAACAACUUCAAAAUUUGUGUCCGAAAAAUGAUUACGAGUUUAAAAUUAAACUUGCUCAAAUUGUACGAAAACACGAUUCUUUAAACAGAUUCGUUAAUACAAUUGAGAAAGAAUUCAAUGGCAUGUUACUGUUGCAAAUGCUCGGUUGUUCGAUACAACUUUGCGUUACGUGUUUCCAAACAACUUUGGUCCUUAAAGAUGGUAAUACAAUGGUUUUUAUACAAAUGUUUUUUUACGGAUUCUAUUUAAUAUACAUUUUGCUUCAAAUUUAUUUGUACUGUUAUAUUGGUGAAAAACUUAUUUCAGAGAGCAUUGGAAUUGUCGAUGCAGUGUACGAAUGUCAAUGGUAUCAUUUUUCACCUAAUGAAUCUAAAUCAUUAAUGUUUAUUAUGUUACGAGCAAGAAUACCACUUCACAUAACUGCAGGAAAAUUUUGUUCGUUUAGUCAUAAACUUUUUGGCAAUAUUUUAAGAACAUCGAUGAGUUAUUUAUCAAUGCUACACGCGAUGAAUGUAGUAAAUGCAGAAUAA